AUGUGUAUUAGUACAGCAUUUAUCUUUAUUUUGGGAGUAGCACAAAUAGUGGAAGAUGUUUAUCUUGAAUUGUACAGUUUAGGUAUUGGUACACAUAUAGCUGCUGGUCUAAUAUCCGAAGGACUUAGUGAUAUAUUUUAUGCUGUAUCGGCUGCUAAAAGUGGUUAUUUUAGUUGGAGUGAUUAUGGCGUUCAUAAAAUCAAAAGUAUUUUUAUAACAAUUGCGACAACGGGUUUUGCUGCACUAUUAUCAAAAGGAAUUCGAUUUUCUCGUUUUGGUUCGAUGUUAAUUAAAACUAUUGUCAAUGUCAUUGUUGAUGGAUUUGGUAAAGCAUUACGAAACAUGAAUCAAUCAAAAUUUUCCAAUAAUUAUAUCGAAGUGGCAUCAAUAUUAGCAACUACUUAUAGCACGAUUAUGAAAGGUGUUGCACAUGGCAAGACCAUUUUGAAUAUACUGACGGAAACAGACAAUUUUCUUGAUAGUAAUAUCAACAAAUUAGAAGAAAAAGCUAAACAAUGUUCACAAGUAACAAAAUCGAACCAAGCGAAUAUAUCUGAUGAUGCAGUAAAUGAUUUUAUUGAUAAAAUAACAGAUGAAUGGACUAAAAAAAUAGAAUCGAAGAUCGAUACAGAUGUUCAAAUAAAUAUUAUUGAACCACUUCUAUGCGAAGGUGCUCAAGCAUUAGUAAGGAAAAUUGGAAAAUCAAUUAAAACUUAUCAUCAAAGUCGAAAAGAGAAUCAUCUUCUUAAAAAAUUUCAACAUACCAAAGCUGAAUAUGAAAAAGAUAAAGAAAAUAUAAUGAUGAAUUAUGAAAACGAGGCAGAUCGAAAAAAAUUUUUAGAUGAAAUAAAAAAUAAAUACAAUCAAAAUUUAUUAGUUAUAAUAACUAAAACUAAGAAUCCAAAUUUAGUUGCUAGUAUUAUCGAAGAAGGUGGUCCAAUGGAUAUGACAUGUAUUUAUGCUUUGGCUAAUGUUUCCGGUAAACCGAUUCGAAUCAAUAAUGUUGAUGGUGCAACCUUUCCUAAUUUAAUUUGUUCACAAAAUGUUAAUCUUAAUCAUACUCAAGAUGAUAAUUAUCUUUCUAUUGAUGUUAUUCUAGAAGAUGGAAUUACUGCAUUCGGUCAUUUUCUUCCAUCGAGUAACACGAUUGACAAUUGA